AGCCGCCAGUGCUGGUGGCCGCUGCGAGCGGCCGCCUCUGCUCCCGCGCGUUGCUGCUUCCCAGGGCGGCGGUAUGCUGGGGAAAGGGGUAGUCGGCGGUGGCGGCGGCACCAAGGCGCCCAAGCCCUCCUUCGUGUCGUACGUGCGCCCCGAGGAAAUUCACACAAACGAAAAGGAAGUAACAGAGAAGGAAGUAACUCUUCGCUUGUUGCCAGGUGAACAGCUGCUCUGUGAAGCCAGCACGGUGCUGAAGUGUGUCCAGGAAGAUUCCUGUCAGCGUGGAAUCUACGGGAGGCUUGUCUGCACAGACUUCAAGAUUGCUUUCUUGGGCGAUGACGAAUCUGCGUUGGAUAAUGAUGAAACGCAGUUUAAGAAUAAGGUUAUAGGAGAAAAUGACAUUACCCUCCACUGUGUUGAUCAGAUUUAUGGAGUGUUUGAUGAGAAAAAAAAGACUCUCUUUGGACAGCUGAAGAAAUACCCUGAGAAGCUCAUCAUCCACUGCAAAGACCUCCGGGUAUUCCACUUUUGUCUGAGGUACACAAAAGAAGAGGAAGUCAAAAGGAUUGUCAGUGGCAUAAUCCAUCAUACCCAGGCCCCUAAACUGCUUAAACGAUUGUUCCUGUUUUCCUAUGCGACUGCAGCACAAAACCACACAGCUGCCGACCCCAAGAGCCAUGCCGUAAUGUUUGACACACUUCAGGACUGGUGCUGGGAGCUGGAGCGUACCAAGGGCAACAGGAAGUACAAAGCAGUGAGUGUCAACGAAGGCUAUGAAGUCUGUGAAAGGUUGCCAGCAUACUUUGUUGUCCCCACCCCUCUUCCUGAGGAGGACGUGCCGCGCUUCCAGGGUCAUGGCAUACCAAUAUGGUGUUGGUCCUGCCACAGCGGAUGUGCCCUUUUGAAAAUGUCAGCACUGCCCAAAGAACAGGAUGAUGGCAUUUUACAAAUCCAAAAGAACUUCUUGGAUGGAAUUUAUAAGAUCAUCCACAGGCCACCCUAUGAAAUUGUUAAAACUGAAGACCUGUCAAGCAACUUCCUAUCCCUGCAGGAGAUCCAGACGGCCUACUCUAAAUUUAAACAGCUGUUUCUGAUAGAUAAUAGUACCGAAUUUUGGGACACAGAUAUAAAAUGGUUUUCUCUGCUGGAAAGUAGCAGCUGGCUUGACAUAAUCAGACGCUGCCUGAAAAAAGCAAUAGAGAUUAUAGAAUGUCUAGAAGCCCAAAACAUGAACGUUCUUCUUUUAGAGGAGAACGCUUCCGACCUCUGCUGCCUCGUUUCCUCUCUGGUGCAAGUGAUGAUGGACCCCCACUGUCGAACCAGGUUCGGUUUCCAGAGCCUCGUCCAGAAGGAGUGGAUCGUGGGCGGGCACUGCUUCCUGGACCGCUGCAACCACCUACGUCAGAGUGACAAGGAGGAGGUUCCCGUGUUCCUGCUCUUCUUAGACUGUGUCUGGCAGCUGGUGCACCAGCAUCCCCCAGCGUUUGAGUUCUCGGAGACGUACCUGACCGUUUUGUCAGAUAGCCUGUACAUACCUAUCUUUAGCACCUUCUUCUUCAAUUCGCCUCAUCAAAAAGAUACAAACAUGGGCAGGGAAAGCCAGGGUGCACAAAGCAAGCCUUUGAAUCUGCUCACCGUGUGGGAUUGGUCUGUGCAGUUCGAACCCAAAGCCCAGACGUUGCUCAAAAACCCUCUUUACGUGGAAAAGCCAAAACUGGACAAAGGCCAGCGGAAAGGAACGCAUUUCAAACAUCAACGACAACUUUCUUUGCCACUCACCCAAUCUAAAUCAUCUCCCAAAAGAGGAUUUUUCAGGGAAGAAACCGAUCAUUUAAUUAAAAACCUUCUGGGCAAGAGGAUUAGCAAACUGAUUAAUUCCUCUGAGGAGCUGCAGGACAACUUCCGAGAGUUCUACGACAGCUGGCGCAGCAAGCCCCCGAACUACCACGGGCUACUGCUGCCUCACAUCGAGGGGCCAGAGAUCAAAGUGUGGGCCCAGCGCUACUUGCGGUGGAUUCCGGAGGCCCAAAUCCUGGGUGGAGGCAGAGUGGCCACCCUGGGCAAACUUUUGGAGACGAUGGAAGAAGUCCAGCGCCUACAGGAGAGAAUCGAGGAGAGACACCACAGCCAGGAGGCCCUCCAGGCAGAGGCCGCCUCGCUGCUGAGGACCUCGGCCCGCCUGUCCUCCUUGUUCCCUUUUGCGCUGCUGCAGCGCCAUUCCUCCAAGCCAGUCCUGCCCACCAGCGGGUGGAAAGCUCUGGGAGAUGAAGAAGACUUGGCCAAGCGAGAAGAUGAGUUUGUGGAUCUAGGGGAUGUGUGACUGGUCUGCUCGGUGGCGGUGAGAGAGGAGUGUCACAGGCUGAGGCAGGAGCCAGACACGUCUGCUGUCUGCCUCGGGCCGUCACGCUGAAGCUCACUGCUGGGCGGACGCCUGGGCCUUCAGGAAAAGAGCUGGUUCUCAUUUCCACCCCCCAUGGUUCUGAAAGACUAUGCAAUUAAAACCAUAGCUCUAGUAUCAUUAGUGGAAAGGAGUUACUGCUUGACCCAUAACACAACUGUGGCCAGCGUCUUCUGCGUUCGUGUCCCACAGACCCUGCGGUAGCUGCUUUACCAUUUAGAAAGGGCCUUGGCAAGAUGUGCGUGGACUCCAUACUGUCUUCAGAUCUUUGCUGUGCCAACGUGAUUUAUCCAGUCGUCGGGAGUAGUGAGUGUCUCUCUGGCCCAUCUCGGUUCGGAACAAGUCCAGCUGUACCUGAUGUGUGUGCGGCGAGUUGAGAGAUUCAAAUAGAGGCAUUUAGGCGUAUGGCCCUCAUUUCCAAACCUUAGCGGCUUUCCUUUCGGCGUCCUCUUGCCACGCGUGUCACCAUGCUGACAUUUCCGAGCGUCCUCGGGCUGUGUCACUUUAUGUGGGACAGGGGACUGGCUCGGGGCCGGCAGCUCCGGGUCCCGCACCUGCUCCGUACCGCUCGCCGCUGCCCCUGCACGCUCCCCGCCUCGGUGCCCGUCCCAGGGUCUUGCUGCUAAACCUGUUGGGCAAACUGGGGGGCUCCCUCGGGUUUUGCCCAGAGGAGCUUCCAUUUUUCUGGAGGCGCGCAGUGUUUGAAAGCGGUUGCCUUGCCUUUCCUAAUAGCACGCCGGGGCUUCAGGCGUCUGUGCCCGCCGUCCUCAAGGCUUUUCCCCCAGAUUCUGUUACCUUAUAGACUGGUGAGUAGGGUCACUGGUGAGCGUAGCUUUCAUAGGGAAGCGGUCAAGCAGAAAUAUCAGAAGUGAUGGUGAUCACAUAGUACCUCAGCGACUUUAAAAAGCCAUAGAAGAAACUUGACUAUGCCUGGUAACCUUCCUGGAUCUGCUGUCUAAAUGAUACAUAUUUUUUAACUGCAGGAAAGUACACUUUGUAAGGACCCAUUUCUUCAUUCUC